AUGGCUUUCGAGACUUCGAGCAACUUCGCUGAGUAUCUUGAGACAAGCUUCAGCGAUGAUCUUCAACGAAAGAUCAUAGCAUUCCCGGACGGCCACCAAGCGACCUCUGGAUUCCGAUACUAUACAAAGAAGGAGCUUGUCGAUUUCUCCCACAAGGCUGCGGCAUACCUGAUAUCUAACGGCAUACCCAUUCGUACUGCUGGUGAGCCACCUCUUCGUGUGACCUCGCUCGCGUACGGCACACUCGAAUGGGUCGCUUGCUUCUACGCCAUUGUUCGCAUGGGCCAUGCUAUUGUCAACCUAAGUCCGCGUCUGCCAGAAGACUAUGUUCAUGGACUCCUCGUCAAGAGCAAGACCGACAUCUUGGUCACUGACAGACUCGAGCAACUUUCUAUCAAGCUCCACUCCAUUGCCAUGCCAUCCGAAGCGGAGAUCUUAGAGCAGCCUUUGAAGCCGGAAGCAGAACUCUUCUGUCCUCAUACUGUCAUUCAGCCCGAUGACAUCUUCAUCGUCCUUCACUCCAGCGGCAGCACAUCCGUCCCAAAAUUGUUCCCUAUGAAGCAAUUGGAGUGGCUCGGUCGCGUUGCAAAUAUAAGGAAGAUUCUUCAACCGUCAAUGUCCGCCUGGAACGCCUCCGCCACAUAUAACUUUGGUGGACUCAUCAUCCUCUCCCUGGCUCCGUCCCACAAAGGAGUCUCUUAUCUGGAGAACGACCGAACCAACUUCACGCACGAGACUGCACUUGACUUCCUCCGCGAGUCCAAGCCGAACUAUCUCAGCAUCACACCCUGGACGCUGACGAUGCUAGCAUCCACUGCGGAAGGCAUCUCUCUGCUCACAAAGGUCGACAUCGUCAUGCUCUUCGGCGCCGUGUGCACAGACGCUCUCGGCGAUCGCCUUGUGGCAGAGGGUGUGAACUUCUACUCCCUGUAUGCUUUGACCGAGACAUCUGUGCUCGGUACCUCUCCUCAGCCGCGCAAGACUGGCGACAAGAACUGGCAAUGGAUUUCGAUUCACCCUCCCAAGAAGGACCACCUUGAGAUGCGCCAAUUGCCCGGUAGUCCGGACCUGUGGCAAAUGUACUGCCUGCCGGGCUGCCCGGAAGUCAUCGACACCGUCAAGGACAAGGACGGGAGUUUCUGCACAGGCGACCUGUUUGUGCAGCACCCAACUCUGAAAGGGAGAUGGAAGGUCGUGGGCAGGCAGGAUGACCAAUUCAAGAUCUAUCAACGAGAUCGCCAGAGUAUUGUCAAUGCGAUUGCUUACGAGGCGGUCAUCUAUCCGCCUAACGAGGAUAUCGUUGACGAAGUCGUCCUGUUCGGCCAAGGCAAGGGCAAGCUGGGAUUACUGGUCUUCGCCGAAGAUGUUGGCGAAGGCUCGAGCAGGAGACACGAGGUUGAACGCAGGAUCUGGGAGACUAUCGAGAAGGACGUCAACAAUGGACAACUGCCGACGCCUAUCGAGAGGAAGAUGAUCCUCAUCGUUGAUACGGAAAGGACAUCUUUGCCGCAGACAGCGAAGAAGAACUUGAUACGGCCGCAGGUGUACCUGAAAUUUCAGGACUUGAUCGAGAAGGCGUACGCUGGCGCGGAACAGACAAACGGUGUCCACAAAGAGUCAAAUGGCACUCAUUAG